AUGCGUUUCUCCACACUUGCCGCUGCUGCUUCCCUCGUCUCUGUCGCGUCUGCGGCCAACAUUGUGGUCAAGGUCGGCGACCAACAGGCCUUGACUUUCACUCCGAACAGCGUAACUGCUGCUGAAGGCGACACUAUUUCCUUCCAAUUCUUGUCCAAGAACCACAGCGUCGUUCAGUCCACCUUUGCCGACCCCUGUACCCGCCAGGCGACCCCGAUUGAGGGUAUCUCGUCGGGCUUCCAGCCCGUUGCGGCCGAUGCGAAAGCCAUCCCUGAAUGGAGCUUCACCGUCAACAAUGCCUCCGCAGCUCUCUGGUUCUUCUGCUCCCAAACCAACCCCGUGUCCCACUGCAACAAGGGCAUGGUCUUCGCCGUGAAUGCCAAACCCGGGGAGAAGAGCUUCGAGGCUUACCAAGCGAAGGCAAUGGCGCUUGGUAGCACUGCUGGUGGCGCAAGUGGUGGUGCGGGUGCCCCCGGUGGCGGUGCCAGUGCUCCCGCUGGCGGGGCCGGCGGCGCUGCUGGGGCCUCUCAAUCUGGAUCUACCCCCCCGGGUGCAUCCGGAACUCCUCCACCAAACGCCGCCUCGAUGAGCCGUGCCAGUUUGGCUGGCAUCGUCGCUUGCGCGGCUGGCCUCUUCGCUGGUCUCCUGCUGUGA